AUAGUAUAUAGUGGAUACGAAAAAAAUUAAUAAAGGAAAACAAUGAUACCACAGAAAGAGCCAAAUAUUUUUAACAGGUUCAUAAUUUUUAAUGAAACCGAUACUAAUACGGUGAAGGUUUUCAGUUAUGGAAUCGCUAGUAUAAGUUUAGCAAUUGCACUCUAUCAAAUUAAACCUUUUGCUAAAUUUAGAAAACCAUCCAGCAUACCAUCUCGCUUUUUACGCAAAAAAAUUCCACUUCGAGGUAUUGUAAUGCAUAUAGAACCUACUUGUGGUACACUUCUAAUGGUUGAUCACAAGCCAUUAAUACCUUUGCCUCGAUUGAAUAAUUCAAAACAUUUACCAAUUAAAAUAGCUGGUCUUGAUGUAACAGCUAAUGGUAUUAGUUGGUUACAAACAAUUGUUUGUGGGAAGGAGGUGACUUUUAUACCUUUAGUCAAAGAGAAAGAAUAUGUGAGCUGUAUAGUGUCUAUGCAACAGAAUCAGGAACAUAUAAAAAUUGGUGAAGAAUUAACAAAAGUUGGUUUUGGUACAAUAAGGGAAAAUUCCUUGAAGUUAAUGAUGAAGGAUAAAGACAUUGUAAAUUAUUAUAAGUGUUUGCUAAAAGCACAAAAAUGGGCACAACGUAAAAGAAAUGGACACUGGCAUUUUAUUAUACAGCCUACUCUUUUGUGGAAAAUUCAAGAGAUUUUACGUGAAAAAGUAAAAUCUGUGCUUCCUACAUUUAUAGCACAACAACUUAAUAUUUGA